CCAGAGCCACUCAAAGUCAUUCUAACAUCCCCACAUACCUCAUGCACCCGUUGUCCUCCCACCACUCGCUUUCGCUCUCUUAGGCUCCGUACGAAAACACAGAAUACUCGAGUUCUGGACGCCAGCUUCUUCUGGAGGAAGGGUGUCCUUUUAGUAGGCCAUUGCCCAUCUUGUGGAGCAGACCACUAUCCGGACCGUAUUACCUACCGUGGUGUACAAGGAGAACGACUUCAACGGCUCGAAUAUCAAGCAACAUACUUACGAAUUUCCAAGCACGGCUUAUGGGUGGAUAGACGAGUGGCCCUCGGUCAAGAGAACGCAGUUCGCGAGUUUCGUGCCGGGUGGUCCAACUUUGCAAAGUGGAUCAGCGCAAUGACUCGUGAUGGCCCUGCUAUGACAUACCGCCAGUCUCGCCGUCUCUUCAUAGAGCACUUUGGAAGACGUCUUUUGCUGGCCCAUGGACAUUCAGCCUCUUUUGCCUGCCCUGCCAAUCUCGACUCAAGCAUGUUUGCGGAACAUAUCCGUGAUAUGAUUGGGAAGGACGGCGGAACAUUAGCAAGGUCCCUGCAGCAUGGAUGUAUGGACUGCACACACCACAAGCGGUAUCAUACCGAUCUGCUAGACGAAGGUGCUGUCCUUGAUGAUGACCCGGAAAGUGCGGGCUUGGCAGGUGCUAUAGACUUACCCAACUCACCAGAGGAUGAUGAUGGCUUGGCGCAUCAAGAAACACCUGCAGGCCUUCCUAGACGGCCUCCGAGGCAAGAGGGCCCCCCUCCUAAUGCGCCACGUGGAUAUGUCCGCAUGGCGGUCAUGGAUGGUAAAGUAGUGGGCCAUCGAAUCUGUGCAGUAGAUGACUGCACGGCACCGCUAUUUAAUUUCAAGAAUGGCCGUUUUUGCCGCGAGCAUCUCGAGUUGCUUCGUGACAAGUGUGGCAUCAUACCAUGUGGUCGGCUAAGACGAGCCGGAAAUGCUCUCACCUGUGAUAAUCCUGCACAUUCUCAGUGGGAGGACGCUUGGGCAAACAGGUUUCAGCGCAUCUCCUACCCGACAAUCAGACGCGUUAUCCGUGAGCGGAGACAAGCAGAUGGAAACGAAGCAUUCCAUCUGCAGCUGCCUCCGCUUGGAGACAUACCUGGCAAUCAAGUUGUACACACCUUUCGCGCUCGAACAGUGUACUGUAUCGAGACAGUUCAGUGGUCUUGCGGUAUGCCCAUCGGCUGGGGAAAGUGCUAUAAGUCAGAAAGUACCCCGCAAGUGCUGUCUAUCAUGAACAGAAUCUGGGAAGAUAACUUUGAUCUCCGUCCUAGUUUCCUGUGCUACGAUGACGCCUGCGAUCUUUUGCGACAUAUAGUGACACAGAAUGUGGAGGACCCAUGGCUCAAAUCGACGAAAUUCAUUGUCGAUGCUUUCCACUACGUCAACCACCGGGCCACAGAUGUUCUCUGCCGUUUAUGGUGCAACCCGGCCCCUACCAAUGGCUCUCAACCAGAUCUCGUAUUGGUAGAAAGGGAUCAACAGGGACGUACCCAUCAAACUCGUGCAUUCAACACCGAAACGGCCGAACAGCUGAAUGCUUGGCUUCAAGGUUACGAAGCGCCUCUUCGCAAUAUGACAGACGUCAACUUUGAUCUGUUUGUCCAUGCGCUUUUCCUACUCUUUGCUGAAGAUGUCCAAGCACGGAUAGAGCGUAAAGACCGUGCGCUCGGGGAGGAGUUCUGGGAGAACAUGCAAGAAGGAGGAGAAUAA